UGAACUGGAUCCCGAAUAUCACAGGUAGUACCUGUAACACACCUAAAUUUGCUUACGCGCAGUCGCAUAUAGUGGGCGGAUAGCGACCUUUUCUAUGUAGCCAGUGCAGGCUUGUAUGCCAGCGUGGUUGUGAACAACGUUUAUCUGCCUUGCUGAAUAUUGAAAGUGAUCUGACAAUGGCGAUAUCCACACUAAGACUUCGUCACCUGGCUGCCAGGAUCUUUCUUCUCUGUGGAUCAAUUCGCAUUUCAGGCGCCGUUUCAGUUCAGCAUCGCAAAGCACCAAUCUUGGCCAACAUCAACGAUACAGCAGUUACGUUGCCGUGUGACUUCACUACGUCAUCUUACGAAAUACCGCAGAUCACGUGGCACCACGAGAUACAUGGAGAGAGAAGGAAAAUCAUGCAAUAUAAUAUUCACAAUCGCCUGUUGUCUUACGGCGAGUUUGCUGAUCGCGUAGCCCGUGGGGACCGAGGGGCACUGGUUCUACUGAGGCCCAGGCCAAGGGAUUCCGGGAAUUAUACGUGCGAGGUGGAAGUGGACACUGAUGACACCAGCUGGGUUAGAACCACAGUCACCCUGAAUAUAACAGGAGAGGUGCCACCUCCAACAGUCAGGCCUUCUCCGUCGGACGUGACGGAGAAACAAAAUGGCGGCUUACUCUUCCAGGUUGCCAUUUUCUGGAUACUUCCGGUGAUAUGUUCAUUCUUACUGGUCAGGAAGGGGUUUAAUGUCUGCAGGCAAACACGUGAGAAGACCCCGGGGAAGAAAAUUCACAGAGACCUCUUGGGAAUUGCACAACGACCUGUUGUUGUUGUUCUGGUGAUCGCCUUGUGCUUCUUCUUCACGGCCACUAUAUGUACUGCGGCGGCUUUGUCCGGCACCACACCGGAAGUAACAAAUUACUACAGCCGCGUAGGGCUGGGAACAGGACUAGUUGGGACCCUGCUCCUUAUAGCAGCUUUGGUGUGGCUGUGUGUGCGGCCAAAGCUCUUCAGGAAGAAACCGGCUCGUGCUUUAGACGCCGAAGCCGGAAACACGGAAUUGAACCAAUCAACGUUAUCCAUGGAAGAAACAUUUCAUGACGCUAAAGCGGAUCCGUCGGCCAUUGUGAUGAGCCCACAGAUGAGGGAUACGAAAAUCAAACCAGAAGAAAGUAACUCUCUCUUACCGCACACAGCCGCUGUUAAGGUUGAAAAAACAGAACCGGAAGUAAAGACAUUACACACUCCUGAAAAUGAAAUAGUCACCGGCAUGACGGCAAUGACUUACAAGGAUAUUUUUAUCACGACAAAGUCGGGUGUGUAUCAGUUUGACCUCUCGAAGUCGACGUGGCACCCUCAUCCUUUACGUCGGAAGGAAGACUUGUUCGCGAUUACGAAAUCUAAAAAUGAUUUAUUGAUAACCGCCAUAAAGAAGACGCCCAAAAAGAAAGAUUCCAGUCUUGUGUUACGGGUGAAAACUGCAGAGGAAAAAGUAUACAAAAUUCGUUUGGAGUCAAAUUCUACGAUAACGUGGGCCCUGACAAGUCGUGAUGAAAAAUACGUGUAUUUGGCUGUGACCAACCCAGCCAUGGUGGUGAAAAAAUCCAUAGAAAACAAAAAGGAAAUAAAAUUCAGCGUAGGUUUGCUGAAGAAUCCCACAUGUAUCAUUCAGAAUUCGUCUGGUCAACUCGUCGUCGCUGAUUCGCAUAAGCACGACUUGCUGGUUUUCGAAGAAGAUGGCGACUUUGUUACCUCCAUGAAAAUAUCUGUGCCCAAGAAAAUGGAGGAUGAAAUGAAAGGUUGUAACAAACUGGCUUUAGGAUCAGACGGCAGAGUAUAUGCGACGGGUCUAAAUUCUAAACAUAUUCUGGUCUUUUCGCCUGACUUCAGAUUUGAGAGACUGAUACCUACAAAACCAGUAGGGAGCUUAACUAUAUCGAGCCUCAUGGUGCUUAACGACUCGCUUUACGUCGCUCACGAAGACUGUAUCCGUGUCCACCCACUUAAAUCCCAUUCAUCGAUGAAUGACGAUUAAUUGUAUGAACAUAAUCUAAAUCCUGGCUCUUCAUCACAUGUUAACAGAUACUGUAAUAAUCCAUGGCGUUCAUACAGAGUGAACAUCCGACUUCAUGUAAAUACAUACAGUUUUUUGUGCUUUGUUUUGCACAAAUACCUAUAAAAUGUGUUGUGUUCCAUGGAUUUUGGAAGCCGAUUUACUCUGCAUUGCGAUUUUUUGCUGAAGUAAAUAUUCAAACAUUCAUUGUAUUGCUUAUACUGUGUUAUAAUGCUUUUGCUUACGUCUUGUAAAUUCGACUUAGCCGUAAUAUAAAUCACAUUUUCAAAUUAUAUCAAUUAAAAAUUAGCAUUUGUCAUGUUUGUAUUCGACACCUUUGUGAAAACCGGCUUUGUGGAAUUAGUCCGUUACUCAGUGGGCCUUCAACCUAAACAGAGACUGUCGAUUUCUCUGGGCUAUGUUUGUUUUUAUUCUUACACCACAGUUGUAUUUUAUUUCUUUUUCGCGCGUAAUAAUGUCCAGAUCGACGUAGAACAAUAAAGAAUUAGAACUGCCAGCAGUUUCACGGC